GUAUUACAUGUAGUCAUGCAGUGUAUAAAAUAACAAUUAAACUGUUUACCUCUACCGUAAUUAUUAAAAUUAUAGAAUAUCGUGAAUUCAUAGCUUCAAUGUAGAACAGAAGUUGACAUUUAUUCAUUUCUUUUACUUUAUAUAACUUAUAAUGUUGUCAUGAAAUUGUUGUCUAUUUAUAUUUGUUGUACCAAUAGUAAUACAAUAAUAAUAACAAAAAAAAUUCCUCAAAAGAUACGAUUCGGUGGUUACUAAACAUUUUAUCGUCUCCUUUUUUUAUUUCUUUUUUAUUUCUUCUUUUUUAUAAAAGAAAAUAUAUCUUUUCCAAUUUACUUUCAUUCCUUUAAACAAAAUGUCAACUAAUUUGUUCAAUUUCCCGGCUUUUUUUAUUAUAUUAAGAGAAUCAUUAGAAUGUACAUUGAUAAUAACUAUUUUAAUUAGUCUGAUUGAUAGAUUUGUUUCAGAAGAAAAUCAACAAAAAAAAAUCAUAAAGAGAAAAAUAUGGAUCGGGGUUGGUCUUGGAAUAAUACUUUCAAUAAUUAUAGGAGCAGUAUUUUUAUCUGUAUAUCUUAUAAUUGAAAAAAACAAUUGGGAACAAACUAAUGAAAUUUGGGAAAUGGUUUUUUCAUUUUUCGCUACAUUUCUUAUGACUAUGAUGGCUUUUAAUAUGAUAAGAAUAACUAAUUGGAAAGAUAAGAUAGAAAAAAAAUUAAAUAAAAUUAUUUCAAAUUAUUUGUGUCGUAAUAGAAGACAACAGCUACCUUUGCUUUUAUUACCUUUUACAGUAAUUUGUCGUGAAUCAUUAGAAACUUUUAUUUUUAUCACGGGGAUUGAAGCUAAAGCUUAUAGUUUACCUAUUCCAAUUUUAGCUGGAAUUUCUACAGGUUUAUUGAUAGGUUACCUUAUUUAUAAGGGAUUUCAAAAAUUUUCAUUAAACCUAUUUCUGUUAAUAAAUAUCACAUUACUACUCUUUAUGGGAGCAGGCUUUUUUUCAUCAGCUUGUUAUGAAUUGGAAGGUAUAUUAGGUUCAAAAGAAAUAAUUAUAUGGGAAUUAAAUUGUUGUGUUCCAUCUGGAGAUAAUGGUUGGACUAUUGCUGAAAAAUUAUUUGGUUGGAGAAAUAAAGCUACUAUUGCUUCUACUAUAGGUUAUUUCUUAUAUUGGAUUAUAAUAAUAUUUUAUGUUUUAUUUGUUUAUUCUAAAGGUCUUAAUAAUAGUGACAUUCAACAAGAUCAACAACAACAACAAUCACAAUCAGAAAAUAAUAUUACAAUGCAAGAAAAUUUAGAAGUUUCUUUAUUAUUAUAACCACAUUCAUUACAACCUCAAUUAAAUAAUAAUAAUGAAUCAAAUAUAUCAUUACAAUCUCAAUUAAAUAAUAAUAA